AAGACCGCUUUCCGGCUUCCGAUCACCUUGCCGUGCUCUCACAAUGCACUUCCAGCGAUGCCCCUCUGAGAAUGAAAACAGUUUCUAAUCAUCCUCAGAAGUGCCUUGGGAGAGAGCCAUCGGAGGCCAGGGGACAAGUGAAAAGUUCAGUCAAAAGCCAAGAGCAGCUUCUCUCCAGCCAGCCACGCGGGAGGGAGGCCGAGAUGGCAGAUGAGAUCGCUAGGGCUCAGGCCGCCCGGCCUGGUGGCAACACAAUCUUCGGGAAGAUCAUUCGUAAGGAAAUCCCAGCCAGAAUCAUUUAUGAGGAUGACCAGUGUCUUGCUUUCCACGACAUUUCCCCUCAAGCACCAACACAUUUUCUGGUGAUACCCAAGAAACAUAUAUCCCAGAUUUCUUCGGCAGAAGAUGACGAUGAAAGUCUUCUUGGACAUUUAAUGAUUUUUGGCAAGAAAUGUGCUGCUGAUCUGGGCCUGAAGAAGCAUUAUCGAGUGGUGGUGAAUGAAGGUUCAGAUGGGGGACGGUCUGUCUGUCAUGUUCAUCUCCAUGUUCUUGGAGGUUGGCAGAUGAAUUGGCCUCCUGGCUAAGCAUGUUGUAGGGAUAAUUUUCCCUUCUCUAUAUACAGUGAUCAGGUCUGCAAGUUCUAAUACGCAAAAUAAUACUUUUUUUGCCUGUGUAUGGAGAGAUUGCAGAAAUAAUUUUAAAAACCCAUACAUAAUAAAAGACAUUGUUGCAUGGUC